CAAGAUGACAACCAAAAUGGCCAUUAAUGCUAAGGAUAUUUUCCGCAACCAACAUCGUUUGAUACGUUUCAUCGAACAGUCGAUACGUCUGUGCAGCAAUCAAUCCUUGAACGCCGCUCAACAACAAAAGCUACAGCAACAACAACAGAAACAUCAAUUGGAUACAGAUUUCAAAAUUACCAAAUCGAUAACAUCACAAUUGUCCACAGCCGCCCCCGAACCCAUUGUACAUGAUGCCGAUGUGGGUCAGCAAUUCUCCGCUGCCUCCCUGUCAGUUCGUUUGGCCACACCACAACAGUUGCAACCUAAACCCGAUAAUGAUGAAGAAUUGGGCUUUGGCAAACUAUUCACAGAUCAUAUGUUGAAAAUUUACUAUCACAAAAGUUUGGGUGGUUGGCAGAAACCAGAAAUUACGCCAUUGGAAAAUUUAGUUAUGCAUCCCGCUGCCAAAGUAUUACAUUAUGCCGUUGAGCUUUUCGAAGGCAUGAAAGCCUAUCGUGGUGUUGAUGGUAAAAUUCGCAUUUUCCGCCCUGACAUGAACAUGCAUCGCAUGAACCUGGCUGCCAAACGUUCCGGUCUACCCACAUUCGAAGGUGAAGAAUUCAUUAAGUGCCUGUGCCGAUUGCUGUCAAUUGAUUCCGAAUGGGUACCACACACAGAAGCCGCCAGUUUAUAUAUUCGUCCCACAUUGAUUGGUAUUGAUCCUACCUUGGGUGUUGCUGCCUCCGAUUCCGCCUUGUUAUACACAAUUCUCAGCCCCGUCGGCAGCUAUUUCAAGAGUGAUAGCACCGGUGCCGUUUCCCUCUUAGCUGAUCCCGCCUAUACAAGAGCCUGGCCAGGUGGUGCUGGUAAUCGUAAAAUGGGUUCAAAUUAUGCCCCCACCAUCAAUGUACAAAAAGAGGCUUCCCGCAAAGGUUUACAACAAGUAUUGUGGCUAUAUGGUGAUGAUCAUCAGCUAACCGAAGUUGGUACCAUGAACAUUUUCAUGUUCUUCGUUAAUGAGAAAGGAGAAAAAGAACUGAGAACCCCACCCCUAAAUGGCCUUAUCCUGCCCGGCAUUACCAGAGAUUCCAUACUUGCCUUGGCCCGUCAAUGGGGACAAUUCAAGGUAACCGAGGAAAUUUUCACCAUGCCCGACAUUACCCGUCUGCUGAAUGAAGGCAGAUUAUUGGAAUUGUUUGGCACUGGUACCGCCUGUGUGGUCAGUCCCAUUAAUCGCAUUAGCUAUUUGGGUCAGGAUCUGUACAUCCCCACCAUGGAACAAGAGAAACCCAUUCACGAAACAAUUCGUGAAACAUUGAUGGACAUUCAAUACGGCAAGGUAGAACACCCCUGGGCAGUUACAAUUGAAUAA